CUGAUGACUUUUACCAACUUAAUAGUAUUCUCGUCAAUUGGGAUAAAUCCGUAUUACUUACUUCAGUACUGAUAGUAUCAUCUAUACACUUUAGACUAGCACACAAUGAAGAAUGGAUCAAACCAAUGGAUCCCAAAUCAUCUACUCGGUAUCUCGCUCAAAGUAGUCUUCAACUCAGUCCUCUUGCCAAAAAUACUAUAUCGCACUCAAUUAACUUUCCUUGA